UUCACGGUGUCAAAGAGCCCAGACAUUAUAAAGGUAGAGCGUAUACGGCAUACAGUCACAUAGUACCCAUAGUCAAGAGCGAUUCACAACGCAUUUUGUUCUGCUACAGACAGCUGCAAAACCCGCGAUUAUCUGAUUCAGUCUCUCACACUAGCUUUGUUUCCAAGCAAAAAUGAGCAAUAAGCAAGAAGAAACAGAAUUUGUGUACACUUUGCCACAAAGUACGCUUCACAAUCUCAUUGUGAUUCAGAACGCCCUCAAAGAGACUUUGGCUGAAAAUGCCAUCUUAAAAGAGGGAACCAACAGAGCCAGAGAGCAAAUCAAAGAGCUGAUGAACAACAGAGCCAGAGAGCAAAUCAAAGAGCUGAUGAACAGUAAGUCUAGCAUGCAAUCAAAGCUGGACCAAUACGAGCUUCAAGUUAAAAAUCUAAAUGAAGCUCAAGAAAAACCCAGUGACUUGGAACUGGAAGUGAAGAGCCUAAAAGAGCAGCUUCAGCAGAGGGACAGCGAAAUCCUGAACCUGAAGCAGGAGAAAGAGAUUCUGUCCACCAAACUUGAAGGUCUUCAAAAAGACCAGAUCACUCUGUUGAAUGAGGGAACACGCAGAGAGAAACUGGAGCAGGAGAAGCAAGCUCUCGAGGAAGAAAGCAAAAAACUCCUGGACGAGCAGACGUUGGUCUAUGAAACAAAAGAAAACGUUAAAAUGGCCAUCGUAAAGUUUAAUGAAGGAAAGAAAAAAUUUAAAGAUGGAAAUAAAAAUUUCAAAGAAGAAAAACCACUGGAAGAAAGUCUGCAUGAACAGUGUCAGGAAACUGAAAAGGUGAGUGAGGCAGAGAACAAACUGACAGAAGUGCAGAAAGAACUGGAGGACAAGAAAGCAGAAAUCGCUGAGGCUAAGAAAGAAGCUAAAGAGACAAAGGAUGAAUUAAACAAAGUGCUGAUAAUACUGGAUGAGCAAAGGAAAGUUAUAGAAGACAGACAGAAAGAAAAUGAACAGGUAAAGAAAGAACUGACAGAAGUGCAGAAAUCUUUGGAAGAGAGUAAAAAAGAAAGAGAGAAGGCAAGGAAGGAUGCUGAUGAUGCAAAAGAUGAACUGCAAAAAGCAUUAGCAGAAGAGAAGAAACAAAGUGAACAGACAAUGAAAGAGUUAAAAGAAGUGCAGAAAUCACUGGAAGAUGAGAAAAAAGAAAUACUAGAGAUGAAGAGUGAACUAGCAGAACAGGUAAAGAAACUGGAAGAGGCCCACAAGAAUCUGCUGGAAAUGCAGAAUUUGCAGGUUGCACAGUCGAACAUGGAAAACGACUGUGGCGUGAGCUACUUCUCCUAG